UUAGAACACUUGAACAAGAUUGAUUUUUAAUUUAGCUAAUAAGUUGUUAUCUGAAACGUAAUUACGUAUUGAAAAAAAUGAAUUAUUUCGUUAUUCUCUCUGCUAGUGCUGUGCUUUUUGUAACAACUAUCGCUAUCGAUUACUGCAAUGUGGAUUUGUGCCCUGAAGGACGUCAGCAUGUUGGAUGUGCAGAAAACAGCAGUGACUGGAGUAGCGAAUGUUCGGAUGAUAGGUGGCUAGAGAAUAUGACAAAGGAGCUGAAACAUUUUAUUUUAAAAAAGCAUAACAAAGCAAGGAAUAGAAUUGCUUUGGGCAAAGUACCCGGUUAUUUGGAGGCAGACCGUAUGUCUGAAAUGAUAUGGAGUGCGGAUUUGGAAAGACAUGCUGAGCUAAAUGUUAAAAGAUGCAAAUAUGGUCAUGACCAGUGCCGAAAUACAGAUUCAUUCAGGUUUUGUGGUCAAAAUAUUGGUAUAGUUACAGGCAAUUGGACGUACGAACCGACCGAUAUUGUUAGUCUAUACUUCGAUAUCUGGUUCGAUGAAUACAAGGACUGCAAUAUGACUUAUAUCGAUGAUUACCAGCUGCUAGAAACUAAUGAGGUGAAAAUUGGUCAUUUCACACAAAUUGUGGCAAUGAAGUCAAAGUACAUUGGCUGCGCGAUGUCGACAUUUUUCUCUGGAGAAGAAUAUGAAAUGAAUUACUAUUUGGUGUGCAACUACUCAUUUGGGAAUGCGGUCUCGGAACCCAUAUAUACAACUGGACCCGUUGCUUCCAGAUGCAAAUCGGGUAGAAGUGUCACUUACAAAGGACUAUGUAAUUCGACUGAAGAUAUUCAACCGGUUUUAGGGGAUGUUUUGUAGAUUAACGUUCCACAAUUUCCCAUUUCAAUUUCUUUUAUGGUUACAAUAAAAACAAAAAUUCAUGAAUGU